UCAUAGGUAUGCAUGAUGACCGCAUUCCACGGUUUGUCGACUUUGACUUCGGGAAUGAGCAAUGGUAUAACUGGAUCGGGAACAGCUCAGGCGUACAAUCGAGGCCCCGACUGAGAACUGAACAUACCUAUAGUACGCUGCGGGAAAAGACAAUUUGUGCGAAUAUUUUCCGCAGAGACAACUUCUAAUACACCUGUUGUAGGACCAAUUAAUUAAGGACUCUGACAUUCUGACUGUGCACCUGUUGAUAAACUACACACCAUGGAGUUGUUUUCACCGCUCGGUGUACUCGGCGUAUUCGCUGGUCUACUGCUCUCAGUGUUUCUAUUUCUGGUGGUCUAUUUUGCCUACUGUCACAGUCUCUAUGCUCAUAUACCGGGUCCAAAAAGAGACAGUUUCUUCACAGGAAACAUGUCGACCUUACGGAAGCGUGUACACGAGGGGAGUAAUCUACCAGAAUACCUGUACGAUCUGAUGAAGGAGUAUGGUCCAGUGUAUCAUAUAUUUCUGAUGCAUCGUGCUAUUGUCAUGGCCUUAGAUGCACCAUUUCACAAGGAAGUCUUCACUACAGUAGCACACAUCAAACCCUACAGUGGCUACAGGUAUCUGAGUAACGUCUUUGGAACGAGGUUCAUGGGUAAUGGCCUUAUAACGGAAACCGUCCCCAGUAAACACGCCAAGCGACGUGCGCUCUUCAGCCCAGCUUUCCACAGGAAAUAUUUGAUGAGCCUGAUGGACCAGUUUAACUUCAGCGCAGACGUGUUGGUGAAUAGGUUGACAACGAUUGCGGACGGGAAGACAGAGGUGGCGAUGCUGGACGAGUUUAAUCGUCUUACCCUUGAUGUCAUUGCUAAGGUCGCAUUUGAUCUCCGGCUGAACAUCACUGAGGAAACAGAAUCUCCGUUUGUGAAAGCUCUGACGAUGACGAUGCAAGGCAUACAAAACUCAUUCAAAGCUCCAUGGAAAGAAUUCAGCCCAUUGCCGUCCGAUCGUCAGUAUCGUCACCAAGUAGGCGAGGCCAUCACGUUCCUCCGUGAGACGGGACGGGAGUGCGUUAAGCGCCGUUUGGAAGCCAAGAGGAAAGGGGAGGAUCUCCCUCAAGACAUUCUGACUUACAUCCUACAAGCCUCGGAGGACCUUGAAGGAGACGAGGACUUCAAGAUGGAGGAGAUGCUGGAUGAAUUCGUCUCAUUCUUCUUGGCAGGACAAGAGACAACGGCAAACACCCUGGCUUUCGCCCUCGUUGAGCUUGGUCAUCACCCGGAUGUCAUGCACAGAUUGAAGACUGAGGCUGUAGCAGUGAUGGGUGACAACGAUUACGUUGCAUACUCAGACCUCGGCAAGCUGGACUACAUGAUGAUGGUAUUGAAGGAGACGUUGCGACUCUGGCCGCCCGCGUUCUCCACAAGCCGUGAUCUUGGGUACGACGUUGAAGUACGAGGUUACACAGUACCAGCGGGGACCACAGUUUGGCUGAAUGCCUAUGUCAUGGGAAGAAAUGGGGAGUAUUUCAAAAACCCUCUCGACUUUGAUCCUGAUCGGUUCAAGGACAAUGAAGACAAGACUUUGUAUGCAUAUUUUCCAUUCUCUCUUGGACAUCGUUCUUGCAUUGGUCAACCCUUCGCUCUGAUCGAGGCACGAGUUAUCAUGGCCAAACUACUCAAGAAGUUCGACUUUGAGCUCGUCCCUGGUCAGGGAUUUGAGAUACUUCAGGAGCUGACGCUGAAGCCGAAGGGCAGAAGUCGGAACUACAUCACCCUAGCCGAGUAAAUCCGAGUAGAGACGAGUCAUGCCGACCAAAACGAGUAGAGUCGAGAUGACUUUUUAAAUGGGCCGUAUUCACGAGUUGGCCAUAUUGAAUUGAAAGUGAGGUAAAUUCUUAAUUUUUGGAACUUGCGAAGAAAAACGA